UAUACGCUUUUCGAGUGGUUGGAGAGUUGUUUUUCUAGGCCGAAUAAUGUAUGUUAAUAAUUAAACAAUAACUGAAGGUGAAGGGAGUACAGCACACGGACAUAUUUCCCUAUUUCGUGGUCAGCUGACCUCAGGGAUGAGCACGCAGAUGGAGCGGCGCGGCAUCCACGUGGACCAGUCGGAGCUGCUGUGCAUCAAGGGAUGCGGUUUCUACGGCAACGCGGCCUGGAAGGGCCUUUGCUCCAAGUGCUGGCGGGAGGAGAACCAGCGCGAGCGGCAGAAGCAGAUCCAGGACGACUGGGCCCUGGCCGCACGACUUCAGAAGGAGGAGGAGGCAGCGUACGCCAGUAGUGCCCACCAUGGCCCCCAGCAGCAGCAGCAGCAGCAUGGCCCCCCGCCCCACUCCUCCAUCUCCUCCUUCUCCAAGUUCGAGGACAAGAAGACCAACGAGAAGUCCCGCAAGGUCACCACCGUCAAGAAGUUCUUCAGCCCCUCGUCCAGGACACCUCCCAAGAAAGACUCCAUGCCAGAUACUCCGUCCCCCAGCUCCAGCCGCAUCUCCAUGGAGAGCGACCAGGCCACGCAUGACUUCAUCAACUUCCUCAAGACACUGCAGAAGCCUGGCCGCGAGAUCUUCAAGCAGUGCCGCGCCUUCACCGAGAGCAUGGCCUACAAGAGGGACAUGCCCGCGGAUGAUCUGUCUGAGUGUGUCCAGGACUUCUACCAGAGCCUCUCGGAUAAGCUGCACGCUCACUACAAAGGGGCUACGGAGCGAGUGGAGGUGGUGAUGGACGAGGUGGAGAGGUACAUGAUGAACCGGCUGUAUGAGGACGUCUUCUGCCCCGAGACCACGGACGACGAGAAGAAGGACCUGGUCAUCCAGAAGCGGAUCAGGGCGUUACACUGGGUGACCCUUGACAUGCUGGGGGUGCCUGUGAACGAGGAGAUUCCCGCCGUGUCUGAUAACGUGGUCAAGGCCAUCACAGCCAUCAUCGAGGUGGACUCGAAGCGUGUGCCGCGGGACAAGCUGACGUGCGUGACCACGUGCAGCAAGCACAUCUUCAACGCCAUCAAGAUCACUAAGAAGGAGGCGGCCUCCGCGGACGACUUCCUGCCCACCCUCAUCUACAUCGUGCUGAAGGCCAACCCCCCUCGCCUGCACUCCAACAUCCAGUACAUCACGCGCUUCUGCAACCCCAGCCGACUCAUGAGCGGAGAGGACGGCUACUACUUUACCAACUUGUGCUGUGCGGUGGCCUUCAUCGAGAAGCUGGACGGCCAGUCGCUCAACCUGAGCCAGGAGGAGUUCGAGCUCUACAUGUCGGGCCAGGCCUCCCCCCAGAAGCCCUUGAGCCCCAGCUCCUCCAACCCCACCAGCCGUGGUUCCCACCCCAGCUCCGGCACCUCAUCCUCAGCCGCCGCGGCACAGGCCAGUCAGAGCCUGGAGCUUCUGACGGGGCUGGGCUCGCGGCAGGAAAAGGUGCUGGAGGGUGCACGGAGGCUAGAGCGCGACCUGAUCGAUUGGUGCGACGGCGUGGAGAGCAGCGUGCAGGACGUGCUGACCAGGUUCCCCCUUGAGGGCGACGGAGGCGCCGCAGGGGCUGAGGGAGCCACGGCAGCCGCGCCGGCCGACCCCACGGCCAUCGACUCGGAUAACGUUGAAAACGACAAACUGCCGCCGCCUCUCACGCCACAACUGUUUGCUAGAUAGCUCGGUAGCUAGCCAUUUAGCUCGAUGACUAUAUGUCUAGCUAACUUACUCGUGCUACUGCUAACUCCAGCUCUAGCACCAACCAACCAACCAACCAUCCAUGCCAGCCAGCCAGCCGGCCGCCUGCCUCUCUCUCUUCCUCCCUGUCCAGGAUCCAGACACCUGUCCCCACCGCCCGUACGGAGGCCCGGAGGGGACAAUCAGGAGUGCAGCUCAGUCAGCCACCAGUUCAUCCACUUCCUUUCGUCCGUCUCCCACCAUGCUGGAUCUGCAGUGUGGGCUCACCAGCGAGGUGGAAAACAUGGACUUAACCAGCGUCUUUAGCAGGACCGUGGUCCUGGACUCACAUACAUUAUGUAUAAAUAAGCUUAUACACACACACUCAAACAUAAACACACAGUUUUUUUCACUAGCUCUCUCUCUCUCUCUCUCUCUCUCUCUCUCUCUCUCUCUCUCUCUCUCUCUCUCUCUCUCUCUCUCUUGCGCACACAUACGCGCGCACACAAACACACACACAGUACAGCUACACUUGAAAAUAUACACAUUAUUAAUAAGGGCAACCAAACAACCAAAAAGAAUAAUUGAACAAAUUUUCAAAAAGGGACACUUGCACAGAGACCGACACACAUGUUGUGACUUUGUCAAAUGUAUUUCAUGUGUUUCACCCAAUACCCUAAGCACCACAAAGUUUCAAGAUGUGUGGUAAAAGGGUAGGGGAAAGAUUGGUUUAUGAACAACAGCUACGUAUUCGGCAAAGGUGAAGAGGGCCCGUAAUGCUAAUUUAAACAGUUUGUUGGGAUUCAUAAACGGGACACCAGGACUACGAGAGUGCAUAGGCUAGCAGACUAUAAUCAGACCUCCAUAUUAUUAUCUGAUGCCGAUCAUAUACAAAUGUACAUGUAUACAUGGCAUGUCUAUGGUAAGUCCACGGGCUGUCAUAUGGGAAACACCUCUUCCUCGAUCCAUAGGGCACAAUCUUUUAGCUUAAACUCCUUGAAGGAAAUCAGGUGCCAAACCCCUCAGACACUAAUGUGUAAACGCGUGGUACAUGCGGACGUGCCCCCCUC